AUGUCGUCAAACAGAAAUGAUUAUUAUUCAGAAGCAUCUUCAUCCUCGUCUUUCUCAACAAGUGAACCAGAAACGCAAAAAUGGUCAAAAAAAAUAAAGACCAAAUUUGCUAUGCUUAAAAAGACAAAAUCUACUGAAAAAACUAAAUCACAGCUAUUCUCUAAAGAACCAAACCAUGACCGAAUCCGAAGCGGUGUUUGGACUGAAAUAAAAACAGAUUUUAAAACUUUUAAAAAUAACGUUCGUAAAACCGUGCGUACCGUUAUAAAUAAGUCAAAAAUUCGUAAGCGUGCGAUUGACACAAAUUCAGAUUUUACAAUGGAAAAAGGAAUGUCGCAUGAAACACUAUCGUCAUCAUCACCGACAGACUACCAGGUAGAUAAACAACAUCAACAUACGCAAGAUCCCAAACCACUGCCCCGACUUAAACGGUCCCAACCAGCCAUGCAGAAGGCUCGUGAAUCUUCUUCAUCGGCAGGUAUACAACAACAAUAUAUACAAGCCCCAAUACCAAUGCCACGACUCAAACGGUCCAAGCAACAACCAACCAAAAAAAAAGUUUGUGAAUUGGCAGACUACUCAGAAUUUAUACAACAACAACAUAUACAAGCCCCCAAACCACAGCCGCGACUUAAUAUUUUCCAGAAACCAAAAUCCCAGCUACAGGCCUUUGAUUCCUCAUCAUCGGCAAUCUACCUGGAAGGUAAACAACAACAUCAACAUCAACAAGCUCCAAAACCACUGCCACGACUUAAACGGUCCCAGCUACAACCAGCCAAGCAUCAGGCUAUUGAAUUGCAACCACAACUACUGCCACGAGCUAAUCGGGCUAAAAAACAACAAAAUAGGCCUAACGAACGACCACAACACGAAAAUGGAGCUUCUGGGCAAGAAUCAAACCGGCUCCAACUCAUGCCACUGACUAACCGUCCUGAAAAACAACUGAAUAAAACACUUGAGUCUAGUCCUAACAUUACGGCUUCCAACGUUAUGCAAAUAACUUUGAAGAAAUUACAGAGGGCAUCAAAAAAAAGAACAAAAUAA